UCCACUGCUUAUUUAAUGAGCAGCAGCGACUGUCCAAAUGCAAAUAAAAAGUUAAAAACGCUCCCUCCAUCCAAACCCCGAGGACUGAAAGCAAACAAACAAACUCCCUCUCUUCGUCAGAGUCUCAGAGACGAGCAACACAAAGGGGCUUCCUUUAUUUCGAACGCGCUCGCCGUCUCGAGCCCUCCGCCGCAGGGAGCUCCAAGCCAAGCCAAGCCAUCCGAGAAUUCUGUACCAAUAGGUUUGACCAUGGCAUCAGGUGCUUAUCUUGAUGACACUGAUGCUGAAGUUAUUGACCCUCCAAAGUGUGAGAUGUUAGAUGUCACUGAACUCAUUGGCGAUCCUAUCCAGCAUUCACCAAAACAGAAUGCGAUAGUUUCUAGCAAUGUUCGUGAGCUAUUGGAAUGCCCUGUGUGUUUGGUUGCCAUGUAUCCUCCAAUUCAUCAGUGCUCCAAUGGCCAUACCAUAUGUUCUGGAUGCAAGCCAAGGGUUCAUAAUCGCUGCCCAACUUGCAGGAAUGAACUGGGUAACAUAAGAUGCCUUGCUCUGGAGAAGGUGGCUGCUUCUCUAGAGGUUCCAUGCAAGUUCCAGAACUUUGGAUGCUUGGGAAUAUAUCCUUAUUAUUGCAAGCUGAAACAUGAGUCGCAGUGCCAAUACAGACCCUAUACUUGCCCAUAUGCUGGAUCUGAAUGCACUGUUGCUGGUGACAUUCCAUAUCUAGUGAGUCACUUGAAGGAUGAUCAUAAGGUUGACAUGCACAGUGGAAGCACCUUCAAUCACCGUUAUGUCAAAUCAAAUCCUCAUGAGGUUGAGAAUGCUACAUGGAUGCUUACGGUAUUCAGCUGCUUUGGCCAGUACUUCUGCCUGCACUUUGAGGCAUUCCAGUUGGGCAUGGCGCCUGUCUACAUCGCCUUCCUCAGAUUCAUGGGAGACGACGCCGAAGCCAAGAACUACAGCUACAGCCUGGAGGUUGGAGGCAUCAACCGCAAGAUGACCUGGCAAGGUAUCCCUCGAAGCAUCAGAGACAGUCACAGGAAAGUCCGAGACAGCUACGACGGGCUCAUCAUCCAGCGGAACAUGGCCCUGUGCUUCUCUGGUGGCGACAGGAAGGAGCUCAAACUCCGGGUCACAGGGAGAAUCUGGAAGGAGCAAUAAACUGUGCUUUCAUUCCUUCUGGAUCCUUUGGAUCAUGUAUCCCAGAUGAACCGAAGGUAAUGCGUAGGUGAAUCGCUGCGAGAACUUAGGAGACUAGGUAAUGGUGUAGACUGUCUUAGCCGCCAAACUUCUAGCAGCUCAAAAAAUAAUUUGAUGGAUGGUUGUCAUGUAAACCGAUUGAGGCGGUACUGAUGUGGUAGAGCUGAAGGCAAAAUCUCUUCUUUUGCUUUGAACAUGAGCUGGCUGGCCAUUGGGCUGCCCGUUUUAGGGAGAUCUUGCUGGUACCUCCUGGAAUGUAAAUCAUGUAGCUCCCCUCUGUAUGUGUCAGACUGGUUAUCCAUAACAGACACCGCCAAUGUUCUGAAUUUCUCAUGUUGAAUUGUUCAUUCUUCA